AUGCUGCAUCUGCGUACUGAGCCUUCGACGCCUCUACGUCCCACCACUGCACCGCAUGACUUUGCUAACUUUUCGGCUCCACUCCGCUCGCGGUUAAGCAAUAUCCACCUUCCUCCUCAAGAACUCUCUGAUGUGAUUAGUGGGAUGUCUCUGCGCCGCGUGAGUGCGGAUUCGCUGCGUCCAACCAGUGGGCGGCGCCUGGCUCCUAGUCUGUCGAAAGUCGCGUCACGAACACAGACACCGACUAGAAGGUUGAGUGGUAAUUUAACGGUUCGCAGGCGACGUCGCUCAUCUGCUGGAAUAGUCUACGACGCGGGUUACGCUGGACCCGUUACCCGGGAAUUCCUUCGUGCCUUCUCUCGGGCUCUAGUAUACGACAAGAAGCGUCUGUCACCAGAGGAUGACAACGAUGAAAUGUACAAGGCAUUGGACGAACAGCAUCGCUUGCAAUCGGUGAGCCCUAAUGAUGGCGGCACAAUGUCAUUAGUGCGACACUUAGAACCUUCGGCAUCCAUAAACCUGCUCAACUCUGCUCAAAGUCUUCCUAAUGAAUUCGACUAUUCUCUUCCAUUGCCGUCCGCCCCUAACUCUCCUGUCAGUUUAACAGUGGGUGUUACAGUCGAAGAACCUUACCAUAGCAUUAAACCUACUUUCAAGUCAUACCUAGAGCGUAUCCUUGAAAGUAGAAGCAAGCCAGCCCAUGAAAAUGAACAGCAAAGAACUGCAGUCAACGUAUUGCACCCAGAAGAACCUGUGGGCCAUGACUUUAAUGCUGUCAUCAACGCAUCCCAAUUUGUCAUUGAAAACACUCUUUCUAGUCUCCCAGAAUACGGUGGAAGCCGUAACAUGUCAAUUCUGGAGCUACAACUACAAGAGCCUGUCGCUUUCGGAACCUUGAGAGAUAGUUCCCCUUCAAACGAUUCCAGCGAGAAAGAGAAUCAUCCCGUGGACUCGCCUUCCAUUGCGCAGCAUUUGCAACCUUCCAGUAGCCAUGAGACGCCUCCAAAUACUGGGGAAUUCGGUUUUGAUGAUUUGAAAGCUAUGGAAAUACCUCCAUGGGAUUCAGUGCUUUUUUACACAUCCAAAAUGCUGACUCCCCAAGAACUGGUGAGCAAAGAGAUUCCAGAUAUUCCAGAUCAGGAUCUUGGAUCGGAUCUGUCGCAAACUGGAAUGAUACUGGGACAUUUUACCAUUGGAAAUGAAGAUGUGGGAGAGUUAGAACAUUUUCAACUCAAACCUGCUCUCGCUGAGGAGGAUAUCGGCACGGCUGAUUCUGAUUCAAACUGGAUGAGUCCCGGCGAGAUCACCCCACCUGGACAAUCGAUUACUGAUUCUACAAGCAAAUCUGCUACCGGUCUGGUGAUACCCAAGUCCUUUGUGAAAAGCUCGGUGACUCUCGCGCAACGAAUACGCAAAUCCCAUGAUGGUCACAGCCCGCCCAAGAAACGGGUUAAGCAGAAUAGAUUAUCCGCAAGUGCAGUGCAGUUGGUAACGGCUAAAUCAAACGAGUUUUUGCAGCAACUAAUGGUCGAUUUGGAAGCCUAUGCUGGACACAGGCAGUCUAACAAAAUUAACAUUCAAGAUGCAUUAUUGUAUUUGAAUCGUAUUCGACCCACCGCAAACGUUUCAGAGAUUGAAGUUGUGUCUCGGUUGGCCAAUCGAAUCUUACCCUUGGAGGCGCUUAUUGCGCUUGACAAUAGCCUUCAAACCUCAGCUGAUAGAAAUAUUCCUAAGAGAGACAUGUCGAAUGAUGCACUUGAUAGCAGCUCGACACUUCGGGACAGUGAUGCAAUAAUGUCCGAUUCAGACUAA